AUGAUAGCUCGUUUAAUUCAAUGGAUAUUUGAAAAUUUAAAUGAUUGGAAUAAUCAACAUCAUUUCAAAAAUUAUACAUUAUAUGUUGAAGCUUAUUAUCCAUUUGUUUGGAAUUAUAGUCCAGUUUUUGAAGUAACAUGUAUUAUUGAAUACUUUGGUACAUUUCUUGCAACGGUAGCCUAUACUGGUACAGAUGGUUUCUUCAGUCAAAUUGUUUUACAUCUUUCUGGAGAAUAUCAUAUUUUACGUUUACAACUCUUAAGGCUCAGUUUUGCUUUCGCACAAACGGCUUACGAUUGUGAAUGGUAUCACUUGCCUCCACAAAAAGUAAAAGGUUUGCUUCUUCUAAUGCAAUCUGGUCACAAACCAGUGGCAAUAACAGCUGGUAAAUUUUGUGUUCUGAAUUUGAUUUUGUUUGGCAGCAUCAUGAAAACAUCUAUGGGAUAUUUAUCUUGUUUGAUAACUAUGAGACAAACAAGUAAAUACUAA